GUUUAUAACUUCAUAAUAGUUCAUAUGUAUUAACUCUUGAAUUCUGGGCUUCAAAUUCGUGUUUUGUUUUUGGCAACAGCGGUAUCCAUCAUGGAGGGAGGUCAUGGCAUCCUUGUCGUGGAUGGGGAGGUGCAGGUGUCAUUCCUAACCAACCGGUAUCCUCGCAAGUGCCCAUCUCCACCUCCCAAUCCUCCACCAUCGCCACCAAGCUCGAUUCCACCCCCUGCUCCAGAGAGCCCAGCUGUUGGGGGUAGGCGUAGACUCCUUGCUGCUCCUUUUAAUGGCUCGCAGCAUCUGAGAGCAGGAAAUGUUUUAGCAGGGCCGUCCGGUGCUGACCGAAUUUACAGUGUAAUGUCAGGUGGAGGAGACUCAAAGUUGAAUGGAGGUUUUGAGUUGCGUGCUGUGGCCAGAGGGCUGCAGUAUGAUGGGAUGUGGGGUACAUUGACGUUGGGAAACAGUACAGGGCAGCAACAAGGGGAUAGGCUGAUGGAGUUAACAUGGGACAUGCUUGGGAUAGAGCGGGAGGAGUAUUCAGACGUGGCAGCCAGACUGCAGGAUGAUGGGUUCAUGCCUGAUUCAAACAUGACAAACAUGGAGUGUUGCGAUUUCAAGAUUGGGGUGGCGGUAUGGAAUCCGAUCUAUUUUCCAGGCUUUAAAGGUCUGGUUGAUGAGGUAGCUGUGUGGAACAAACCAUUGAAUCCGGAGGUAAUUAGGGCAGCUAUGUUCCACAUGCCAGAGUCAUUACCAACACGAGGUGUGAGGGCACCAGAAGGAGCACAACUGGAUUACACAGCAGGGCGAGUACUAUAUGCCAGGUUCAAUAAUCCGUGCUUGGAGCGGUGGGUGGUGCCUGACAAGGCAGGGUACACUGCAGGUGGGUGGGUUCAGGAUUGGAAGGAAGCCCCACCUCUUCCCCCUUCACCGUACUCGCCCCCUCCCCUUCCUCCCCCCACCACUCCCCCCCCACCUUAUUGGUUUGACUGGCCCCUUCUCUUCCUUACAACAGACAACCAGAGCUUGACCUUGAACUCUGCUCUUCCUAGUUCCCCUCCCCCUCUGAGCCCUCCCCCUCUGAUAACAGAGCUUGACGAUCUUCCUGAAGGUGUGAUCAUCUACCCGAAGGUUGUGGAUAUGGCAAAUGACAAUGUGCGUAUCUUUAGUUUCCCCAUUAAGUCCAGAUAUGUGUUUACAGGGGUGCCUUGGGCACCCCCAUCUGUUCUUGAAGUGGACCCACCCACGGUGCCUAUUGAUGGUAAGGUGAAAGUGACAAUGAUUGGGGUGGGAUUUGCGAGGAGUCCUUUCUUAAAAUGCUCCUUCAUGGAUGCGGAGAUCCCUCUUGUCACAACAGUGGAUGGAGGGGAUGUCAACCCCAAGAUCCGUGCAGCCACCAUCAACAGCGAUGAUCAUCACAUGGACCAUCGCUACCGGAAUACUGGGAUUCCUGUAGCCGGCUCAGGACCAACGGUGGCUCCAGGGCUGGAGGGUUCCCAAGCAGGCAACAGAGUGUGGAAAAUGGGAGGAAGUGGGCGCACUCGCUGGGCCCGAAAGUGGGGUACAGGAGGGAUCUGGUAUGAGAGAAGUAUCCCUGGUGCCAGCAACGCUGUCUCUGACCCCUCAUGGGCAUCAGGUGUUCGAUCACGAGCAACAGCUACAAUCGUCCCAGCUGAGCUGGACUUGGAUCAAGAUGCUGUGCUGGAUGCAAUGCGUACCAUCUUCUCCAGGAAUCCUUACACAAAAAUCAAUGAGUCCUAUAGCUUUGGCUGGUAUGACCGUGUGGUUUGUGAAGCGCCUCCUUCACCCUACCCAACAGAUCAAAUAGCUGCUGGUGUCUCUAACAACGCUGGGCUAUCACAGUCCGUUCCCUCACCACGGAUCAGUUACAUGGAGAUGGCCAUGCUGUUUGACAGAAAACCCAACUCUGCCAUUGCCACUAUGGUCAGCCUGAUGGAGCCUCCCAAGAAGACAAAAAAGGUGAUAAUAGAGGGUGGAGGUGAGGAGUCAGAGUCGAGUGAUAGUGAGGCAGGGGGGUAUAUGGAAGUUACAAUUGCAGCGUGGGUGAUGCCUACUGUGCAGAUGGUUCUUCCCCCUGCCUCAAGUCCGGGUGAGGCAAUGGCUGCUCCUCCCACAGGCACUGCUUCAGUCCUGGGCGCUCAGACAGCCAUCAUGUUGACAUCACAGAAUGGGACCACAACCAAGCUUGUGGUUUUCCAGGACGGACAGUUUCAGUUCCAUGAUGGUGGAUCCCGCCACAUGGUCCAGAACAGUAGCAAUGUGGGGCAAUGGCACUAUGUUGCCAUCUCAAGUGCUGCAGCAUGGACUAUGUUCUUCUUGGAUGGGGAGGUAGUGUGGGAAGGAGACAGAGUUGAAGGAAGAGGGUACGACACUGAGACAGGUUUAUGGACAGGCAAGAACGGGGAGCCACUCCUGCUUGUAGGACAAUAUUUCAGAGGGUACGUGGACGAGGUUCGAGUAUGGAACGAAGCCCUUUCCGAUAGGCGUCUCAAGAAGAGCAUGUUCACCAGGCUUGAUCCAGAGACCGAUGAGUCACUUGUGGGGUAUUUCAGGUUCAACCAAGAUCCAAUAGACUCAACAGGCAAGAACCCACAAGCUGAUCUGCCAUUUGGGAUAAACAGCCCUAAAUAUGCCUUUGUAGCAGCACCGUGGGAACCAGCUAGCAUCCGGUUGAUAAAUGGUGUGGAUGUCCGAGCUGCCAUGGGCGUUGGAGGGAAUAAAACAACUCCUGGAGGAACCAGUGGUCUUCUGCAAGGUCCAGCUUUCCGCUCUCCGAUGAAGGGAGGGGAGCUGAUCACUGUAAUUGGGUUCAACUUCGCUCCAAGCCAGUGGCUGUCGUGCAGCUGGGGUGUCGAGGAGGACCUUUAUGUGCCCCCAAAGAGAGAUAGUACCAGCAACCCAGAGCCAGGUCGACCCUCUGGGUGGACUCCCUGGUAUAACUUCUCUCUCUGCUCCAGUGGGAUUGCCAUUGCAAGUGGUGGUAGCAAAGACUUUGGUGCUCGAUCAAUCUAUGUGGGGCCAUCUCUGAGAUCUAUCUACACAGGAUCACAAACAAUCUCUGGUCCAUUCUCAGAUUUGCCUCCGACAAGCCCAUAUGUUGAUGACAAGACGAUGGUCUGCAAGACCCCAAGUAUGGAGGGGCCCACCGUCCUCUCCUUUGGGAUAUCCAACAAACCCACAGUCAAUCCGGUGCCUUUUGAGUUUACAGAAAUGGCUCUCGAGUGUGAUGGCAUCAGAGAAUUCCUGAUAGCAGAUAGGGUCACUCCUCAAUUUGGUUAUUAUGCAGAACGCACUGGAACCGCCUCCUCUUCUUCAGGAUAUGCUUUUGAUGCUUCAUUGGUGUCUCCCGUUUCUUCUCGACAUGUGAAAAAGAUGGAUACCACUGCUCCAAGUCCUUCUCCUUCUCCUUCUCCAUCUCCAUCUCCCUCACCAUCUCCUUCUCCUUCUUCUUCUCUCUCUUCUUCUGCUCCUGUGUCGUCUUCCCAUCCUUCGUCUCCUCCUGCGGGGAUUCGUCAUCACUUUGCGCAACGCAAGAGCAGAGAUGAGAAUGCAUUGUCGAGUGAAACUGAGGGUCAGGUCCAUUCAACUCGAGGAAACUUUCGAUAUGCUCUGGAUGCAGGGGGCUGGGCAGACGAUGCUGAUUUCUCAGACUUCGCGACAGAAGAAGCUGCAGCAAUAGCAUCGUGGGUGGAUUCACCGGUGAUGGACACGGAGCUUGAAAACGCAGGGAUUCAACAACCUGGAUGGACAACCCGGAGGCCCAGAAUACCCGGAGAGAGAGCUGAGGUGUCAGUCCUGGCAUUUGAGUCAACGAAGAUAGGACGAAAGAACACUGGGCUCAUCAUGUACAAUGGUAUUCGGUUCUUCUAUUACGAUGACUGCAUUCAAGAUGUGGUUGAGGAUGAAAGCACCUUCAGUAGGGAAGCAGGAUGGCCGAAGGCAAAUCGACGGGAAACAGGUCUCUUCGGAGAACAGAAUGAGAGCACGUAUGCCAAUGUCACAAAAGCCCCACCAGGACAAUGGCAUUAUGUCUUUGUCAGCAUAGCACCUAGUGGUGACGGGUUCUUGUUUGUGGAUGGUGAGGUCGCAGCCAGGUUUACAACCACAUGUCGUCCAGAUCCUGUUGGCCGUUUCACCAUCUGUGCAGAUUUCGCAAAUGCAAACCCGCUUUUGCCUGGCGAUUUCUUCUAUGGCCGCAUCGAUGAGGUACGCGUGUUUGCUCGCUACUUGACGCUUGCAGAGGUGAGGGGCCAAAUGUUCAGUACCCUCAAGGGCCAUGAAGAAGGACUGGUGACUUAUUACAAGUUCAGUGAGUGGCUCCCACUGAAUAGAGGAGGUAUGAGUAGGAUUGAAGACAUGUCUGGCCAUGGAGCUGAUGCCCUUAGGAUUUGGCGGAGUGGAGGAGGGCCAGUUCUUGUGUUAUCCACAGCUCCUUGGGCAGCUGCACAUGUCCUCUCAGUGGACCCUCCACUGGGAUCGUUGACAGGGGAAACAGAUGUGACUGUUGUGGGUGCGAACUUUGCACCCAGCAAAUGGCUAGGUGCAUCGUUCGGACCAAACGGUUCAAUUUCGCUGGCUGUGGUGCUGCCAAACUACGAUGAUGGGAUAUUUGUUGCCAAGGCAUCACGAGGGAGGUGUUCCGCAGCCGCUUAUGUGAGAGCUACCAAUGGAGGAGGAGUUUUUGGAAGAACCACCAUUGAUGGGAAGUUCACGUAUGGCUCACAACUUAGUUCCUUGGCACAUCAGCUGAUGGCUCUCUACACAUUGGAGGAAGUGGUCCCACACAAUAUAACAUCGCUCAACGCAACAAUUAGUGCCACUGUGACAGUGGAGGCAAGCUCAACAGCUGUUACUUCCCUGCCCUCUUCCUUGGAGUCUGGCAAUUCCACGGAGCUUCUCCAAGAGCAAGAUGAGCCACUGCAAGAGCAGGUGACACGGCCAAGCCAACAGGAGCACUACUAUGAGUUAGUUGAAAAUGUUGGCAAUCAUAUUGGGCAUGCAAACAUAAGCAAGGAUGACAGGACUAGUCCGAGAUGGCGAUGUGGAUUCAUUCCUGACCGAGAUGGCCUGUUAUCAGCUGCAUUCCUUGUCAGUUGGGGUUUUGAUCCUGAUGAUGAAGACCAUCCUGAUCAGGAUGACCAUGCCACCGUCAUGGGUGGUGCUUCCCAUGAUCGUUGUAUGAUUACUUUGCCCCCUCCUGUGACUUAUCUUCCUCAAGAUGACGUGUUCACAGUCAGCUUGUACAUUUUCCUGUUUGAAGAUCCUCCCCGAUGGGCUCGCCUUGUCCCUGAUGCAGUCAGAAAGCUGUCUGGUGCCUGGAAGUUGUUGACCAUGACCUCCAAUGGGCCUAAGUUUAGAGUGUACAUAAACUCCGUGAGAGUGAGAGACAGGAUAACUGUGGAAUUCUUUGCAAAAGCCAUUCGGGAGUUUGUCGAGACUGGGGAGCUGAUGAGGGGAUUGUUUGUAGGGGUUGAUGAUGUGUGGGUCUAUUCACGACCUUUGGAUAGUUGCGAAGUAUCUGGAAGGUAUUUCACAAACGAGUUUGCCAUUGAUCUGGCAAAAAAGCGGGAUGGAUGGGCUCGGCCAUUUCUGGGUAUACCAAGAGUGGAGGGUGUGGACGAGGUAGGGCCCUAUGCAAGCAAUGGCAGUGAGGGAUACAGUGUCACAGUGGAGGCUUGGAUCUACCCUCAUGAGACCUACGGUCAACAGACGAUCUUAGGGUUCCCAUUAGAUGGCACAGUGGAUGAGCCAGGUGUGCCAGGAGGAACAUCUAUGGCCUUUGGACUAGAUCGUGACCGUUUAACUUUGGUGGUAUAUGAUGGUAAGUGCACCUGGCAAGGCUGUCCCUCAAGAUUCAGCUACAGGGAGCUAGCAUCCUCUCAAGCACGCGUUGUGGCUGGGCAGUGGAGCCAUGUUGCUGCAACCUAUACGGGCAACACGGCCUUCUUGUAUGUGAAUGGCAUUUUGACCGACCUGCAGGAUUGGGGCCAACGGUCUGGCGUGAGGACAAGCAAGCCAUCAGUAUGGUACCUGGGUGGAGAGAACUGGCCAGGAAUGGACCCAAUUUAUGAGGAGCCGCAUCAUUUGCCUUCGGACGCUAGACCAUUCCGAGGGAUUGUUUACAAUCUUGCAGUAUACAAGGGGACACUGGGACCUUAUGCAGGAUGGAUCAUUCCUUACAAAGUCAGAGGUUCGAGCGACGGAAGAGGGUUUGUGCUCCCGUUUGAAGUCAAACACCAUGCUGAGUGUCCCAUUCGAGGACCUCCUGAGCCUGAUGCCAGGACACUUACCCAUUACUGGCGCUUGAAGGCUGGGUUUGGAGACAACGAUAGUGAUUGGCGGACAUAUGUGGCACAGCCUGGCGUUCGAUUGGGUCAUUUUGUGAUGCCGGAAUGGCUUUCCCCACAGCUGCCUCUCAUAGACAUUGGUGCUCUUUGGGUCAAUGUGUCGUAUGAUGGACCGACAUAUGGUCCAGCUGUUACAGUGUAUGGAUCGGCACACAAACGUCUUGAGUCUGGUAUUGGCGGCGAGUUUGUAAUCACUGCACGGAAUCGGUGUCGAAAAAAGAGGCUCGCUGGCGGAGACCACUUUGAAGUGAAACUGUACGCCAGUGCUAGUGAACUUACACCGGUCCUGGUGGGUCAGGUGCGGGACAUGGGAGAUGGAACAUACAGGGUGACCAUUGAUUUUCGGAAUCGGCGUACAUCAAAGACCACUCCUCUCUGUGGGAAAUUGAGAACAGAGAUAUCAUUGAAUGGUGCCAUCAUCAGACAACUUACUGUGGAAACUAUAAUAGAACCUGGUCCAGCUUCUUGGCAUACAACCGGUCCACUGAAUGAUCCAACACAAUUUGUGGAGUGCAACGGUGCUCCGAACGUGAUCACCAUCCAGGCCAGGGACAGGCAUGGGUGCCCCAGAAUCACUGGAGGUGACCGCAUUGUCGUCGGAUUCUCUGGCCCUGCCAAAGUUCCUCACACUAUCAAGGACAAACUCAAUGGCCUGUAUGAGCUGCACUAUGUAGCCCCAAUUUGGGGUCAAUACCGACUAACCGGGUGGCUUGUUCAGUGGGAUGGCAAGCGUUUUCCUAUCCAGCACCUAACUAAUUUAUGUCUACAUGUCUGCAGGAGCUAUGGUCUCGAGUUCAAGGGUUUCAGCUUAGUUGAGGUUAAUUGUGUGGAACCAACAGGGGGACCACUUUGUCCUUCCAAUUACCCGAAACGGAAUACCAUUUGCUUCCCAAGGCCUAAGGAAGGAGAGAAAGAUUGGGCUGGUCAGGUCUAUGGAGGCCCUGGAUUGACCCUCCCACCAUCAGCAUCCAGACACAAUGCAAGCAAGUUGAAAUCAACCAGGGCAAACAGCAUGUACUUGCCUUCUAAUGCCAGCAUGCCCAUUUCUGCUCCCGUUGGUGCACCAGGCCGACGUGCCGUCUCUCCUCCAACUUGGCCCAACUUCGACACAGCGCGUUACCUCUCUCUGCCAGUGCACACCAAAGGGCUGGCCAUGCAGGCGUGGAUACUUCCAAAGCCUUUCAAUGACAACAGGGAGACGGAAAUGAUGUACAAUUCGUCUGCAGAUUAUCCUCCUCCUAGCCGCUGGAUCUUCAUGAAAGGCCCCCCUUACAGCACCCUUGACACGGUUCGUGGCUGGGAACUCAAGCUUGACAGGAAUCUCACCAAACUCACGGCCUCUGUGUACUGUGGAGCUGGACUUCUUCGCCAAGUGACAGGAAAUGUUAGUCAACCUCCUGACGGUCAAUGGAACUGGAUGCAUGUGGCAGCAUCGUAUGCUGCAAACGGCCGAUCUUUCUCUUUAUACAUCAAUGGGAUCCGUAUUGCUAGGAAGUUGUGGCGAGACGAGCCAAGGAUGGCUUCUCGUUUUGACUAUUAUCAUCCCAUGGACAUAGGGUGGGGAUUUGAAGGUAAGAUUGAUGAGCCAAUCAUAUGGAGAACAGCACGAACAGCCAAGCAGAUUAGAGCUUCAAUGCGUUGCCCAGUUCCAUGGUCUGAGUCAGGGAUGAACAAGAUAGCGUUCUAUUCCACAUUUGGAGAAGGAUAUGGCCUGACUGUGCAAGGAUGGGGUCAUAAUUGCCGGCCAGGAACCGGUAGAGGACACUGUCUGGUGGGCAUCAUGGAUCCUGUGGCUUCAGGAUCUCUCUCUGCGGAACCAUGUGGUGUGAUUAAUCCAGAUUUUGCUGCGGGGGUGGAUGGUGCUGCAGCCUAUGGCAAAGUGGGUAUUCCUGAUGUUAACAUGUUCCAGUCAGAUGUAGUCCCUCCGCUGAAGGCUAUAUCACAUGUACGCAGUAACUUUACAGUCUUUGCCAUUGAUGCAUGUGGAUUUGGGUACCAAGGGGAUCAAGAUCUGAAGAUCAUGCCUUAUCUGCAAACCGUUAAUGAUGCAUGGUUUAACCAGGUCCACGACCCAUUUGAAUAUCCACUGCAUGCAGUGGGAGGUGGACAACCUCAAGGCUUGUGCAAGCGCCCUCUCGAUGUCUGCUUAAUGGAAGAGGAUCCGGAGCCAUAUGACCCUAUGAUAGGACCCGCUGGACGUCCAUCAAGUGGCUGGAGGUGUGACUUCGAGGGAUCACCAGGACGUUACUACUUAUAUGCGGAAGUGGAGCCAACUGGUGUUGAGGGGAGGGUUCCCUUCCGAGCAUCAGACUCUCUCCGCCGGGUCAAUGUGACGAUCAAACCCGGUGUGCCAGUAUAUUUUAUGGCACGAGGCCCUGGACUCCGCCAAGCAGCUGUGGGUGUGCCAGCAUGGUUUGAGGUAACAGUUCAUGAUGCACAUGGUGGUCUCAUUCCUGGAGAGGAAGAAGGAGGCAUAGACCUUGCAUCCAAGAUAAGGUCAUCGUACACUAUCAAUCAUCUAGAAGUGGCCCUUUUUGUGGAGAGCAGGGUGUUCAGGAGUCGAUUCCGACGACGGCGCAUCAGUGGGGAGGAUGCUGGAGAUGGAUUCCGAAGUGGGACCUACAGGGUGGUAUAUGUCCCUCAGGUCCCAGGGAAGUACUCUAUUGUCAUUGAGACCAACCCUCAGCCUUUUGUGGUUAGAGCUGUCGUUCGUUCAAAUGCAUCUCUCCCGUUGCUCCUGGAAGGAGGGCAAGCCCCCCUUCCUCUUUGGCGUUUUGCUCACUCUGGUGUGCUGCACAAUGGAGACCUCUAUGUCUUCGGUGGGGCUCGGCAGGACAAGGCUUACCUUAAUGAUGUGUGGGCUCUUCGAGGGGUGGAAGAUGUUUCCCCCAAAUCGUGGACAGAGCACAGACAUUGGACUCGUGAUCCCUCCUCCGCUGCAGGUGAUCCUAAUGUGGAGAACGCAAAUGUGACUCACAGACCUUGGCCUAUUCUCGCCUACAUGAAGCCAAUAGAGGUGAAAAUGAUAAUGGCACAAAGUGAAUCUAACAAGGAGAAGGGGCGGGAGUUUUCACCAUUCCUAGUAGACGGCCGAGAGGGAUACACAGUGCAGGUUGUUGUGGACACAAAAGAGCUUGUUUACGAAGGUAUGCUAGGGCCUGAGUGUGCAGACGUGGCCUUCACUGCUGCUAACAAUGCCUAUCUGCUGGGUUUCUACAUGGAUGCCUACCCUGGCUGUGAUACCCCUUCAACUUUGUUCUGGGUUCACGUACCAGCUGAAGAAUUCCACAUGCCCGCGAACUCCUCAAUGGACUCACCAGCAAUUGCAACAGCCACCAUUGAGAUGUAUUAUGGAAAUGCUUAUGUCCGUAGAGGUCAUUCUCACCCACGAGCACAUGGUUUGUUUGCGUUGUAUGAGGGCUUUGAGGAACUCGGAAAAACUGCUUCCAGGCUUGCAUGGAUCAGCAAGCAUCCCAUUUAUGCCAAAGAGCAUCUACAUGGACUGCAGUUCGUUCAGGAACAAAGGCUUUUGGCUAUGAUGAUGAUGCCAUUUGCAAGGACGGGCAAAGACAAUUCCACAGAAACAAAGCACCAGGUCCUCAACAGCCAUAAUGAUGUGAGCCUGAAAAAGGAUGUCAUUGACGAAGCCCUGGAUCUGGCCAGUCUGACGAAGCGGCUAUCUUCAACAUCAUGGACAUGGCUGGAUGUUGUUCGAGCAAUCACUACGAUUGCUGGCAGCCGGAACAAGCGUGGUGGCAGCAGAGAGCUUUUAGAGAUAGCUUCUGUGAGGAAGCAUGCAGCGGCACUGACAAGUGACACGUUUGAUGAGGAGGGGAGUACAGUGAUAGGUGGUAUUGCUGGUUUGACUGCAUCUUCUCACCUCAACAUGUUGGUUGACCACACGUCAGCAGGCAGAAAAGCAUCAACCUCACUGGAGUCUCUCCUCUCUUCUUCGCGCUCCCUUGCGUCAUCCAGUGAUACUAGUGAUUCACCAAGCAUAGGACCAUUCCGGUUUGGUCCUCACUGUGGGAGUGGUGGUCGAAUCAAUCCUUUGUCCUUUGGACUGUCAGAUGAAUUGACAUAUGAUGGGAUGUUUGCGCUCAAGGCCCACAGAGGAAGCCCAGGUGUUGUGGAGGCUCUCACACAUGGCCAGAAACCUCUCAAGCAUUUCAUCUUACGGGCUUGGUUCUAUGAUUCUGAUUCUGAGAACUCCUCCCAAUACAUCAGCCCAGACUUUGGUGAAUGCCCAACCGUUGAGGGGAGUGGUAAGGUGCUUCUGCCCGAUGCUGGGGGGCCACCUAUGGCCCGAUCCACUGCCCUAGGAGUGUACACUCCUUCGCACCUGGCCGAGUAUGUGGUCGCAUCUCCAUGGGUUUCUACAGGCUAUGGAAGAACAGCAAACUGGCAUCUCUUGGAGAUCAGAAGUAACCCUGAGGAGGGCAUGAAGGCACUGGUUGAUGGACUAGUACUCAAGACAAUACCACACGGCAUCAAAUUAAGGAAAGUUCAAAUUACCAAUGGCUUUGGGAAUAUGGAUGAGCUGCAGGGAUGGCUAGCACUGAUGGUACCAUCUGCUGCAUACUGGGAUGAGAUUAUGGUCGUAAUCUGGAACCACCACAUUCCAGCUGCCAUGGCACCAUUGUUGAGCGAUAAAAAGGAUAUACCGGUUUCCUGGGCAAAGGGAAGGAAAUGGGAGAAGGUUGCUGUCCCAGAAACGGUGGGUGCAUGGGGCUCCCCACAAGCAGGUGCAGGGAGAACAGCACCUCCCCCUCCAAGAGCUGGCCAUUCAGCUGUGGUACACAAUGGAGUAAUGCUCAUCUUUGGUGGCGAGAGGAGCACCUACACAUUCAAUGACAUCUGGGCCUUUGACCUCCAAACCACGGAGUGGCAGUACAUCAGCCCUCAAGUUGGUACUGUGCCCCUAUCAGCUGACCCAUCAACGCCAUUAGGCAUGCCAGCUCCUCGCUAUGAUCAUUGUGCGAUAAUUACCCCAGAUGGACAGAUGAUGGUUUAUGGAGGACGAUCCGGUGCCCAUGUCUUUGAUGACAUGUGGUCUUACCACAUUGCCAGUAACACAUGGACGAAGCUGGAACUCUCUGGUGUUCCACGACAUGUGGAGAUUAAUGAGGGCACAGGAUCAGGUAUGGUGGUGGAGAGUGUAGAGUUGGCAGCUGCAGCACGAAGGAUUACAGUGGAGGGAGAUGGGCUGGCAUGGACAAGCAGCAACAGUCGAGACGAGGAUGAGGGUUGGGAGAGUCCACUGGGGCGGCGGUUUGGUGCAACCAUGGUGCUCAUUGGAGAUCAUGCAUAUGUUCUUGGAGGAUUCAGAGGUGGAUCCUUCUCCACUGAUUUCCGUAAGGUUGAUAUACACACAGGGAGGGUGGAGUGGCUCCCUGAUGUGCCAUUUGAAGGGAGGUACGGGCAUUGUGGAUUCACCGAUGGUAAAGAUCUGUUCGUGGUAGGUGGUACGUCGAUGGAUACAAUCUAUGGAGAGCUCUGGAAAUAUGACAUUGCCAUGACUUCCCUGAAGCUGGCAGAUGGGUUGAGAGAGAGCUUUUCGGACACGCUUGCGAGUUUUAUAGUUGCGAAGAGGAUUUCGAAGGUGGAGGAGAGUGAGGUGGAGGUCGCGGAAGCCAAUGCUAACCGGUUCCUGGAGAGGCUAGCUGCUGCCGUCGCAGCCUUGGUUCGACUGCGGAACUUGGAAGAUCUCGAGGCCCGCGUAACAGCGCUGGAGCAGCGGAACCAAGAGCUGCAGGCUGAGAUAACCAGCCUCAAACAGUCCCAGUUGUUUGCCCCCCGCCCUCCUAACCCUCGGUCUGCUGUAGUCCCGGUCUCUCAAUCAAACACAACCCUUAUAGUAAGAUCAAGUGGAACCAUGGCAAGAGUAGGAACCGGUGCCAGCUCCUCGAGCGGCAGCGCCGACAGUUCUGCGUUGGUCAUGGUCCCAAAUACAGGGACUUCARCCCAAAACGCCACAGUCCUUACUGGCGUUCAGUACAACGGUCCCAUGGUGGACAAGCGGGCGGCCACGCUGCCGUCCAAGUACGAUGGGAAGACAGACACCAACUCUUGGAUUAGUUCCAUGCGGUCGUACUUCGAGGUCAUGCGGACACCGCAAGAGGACCGAAGUAUGAUCAUGGGAACUAAUAUUGAGCCCGCCGUACGAAACCACAUUGAGCUCCAAGCUGUCGCUGCAGGCUAUGAAUGCAUAGACCUGACUGAAUGGCUGAAGGUCACCCCUGUCCGCGCUCUUGAGGAUCUUCUCCUUGACCGGUACCAAGAUAAACAUGCUGCGCUCAAGGCUAGGUUGAAGCUGGAGGCCCUCAAGGGUCAAACAUGGAGGCCAUCCAUGCAGGCUUUGGAACAACACUUGACUAGUCUGUUCACCACUCCGGAUCUGGGAAUGACUGACGUGUCGUGAUUGCUAUCGUCUUCAGGGAAACAGGCAAGGGGCGUAGAGGAGACAUCAGCGCUCCCUACGACAAGGGAAGAUGAGCAGCCAAUUGCGGGCCCUUUCGAGGAGCCUAGAUCUGAUCAGCAGCUUGCUCUUGAAGCCCGAACUAAUGCUAAUUCCAAGGCUGGUGCAGUCCAAGUGUUAUACACUGAGCCUUGGGAGGAGUCUAAAGAAGUUGACUUCCACGCCCACAUGGAGCACAGGCUGCAGCUCAAGCAGCAACGCCGUGUUCAAGGGGGCGUGGAGCUGACUUUCUUUAAACUGCUCCUUAAUCGCCGAUAUAUCCGUGUGCUGAUAGACAGUGGUUCAACCACUAAUUUCUUCCCUCCGAACGGGAUUCGUAAGGCGGGCCUGGGUAUGAAGCGAGUGGAACUGCAUAACCCUUGUCGGACUCAAGUAGGCAACCAAGAGGUUGUCACUUCCACUCAUGCUGUCAAAGGUGUGCGCAUCACCUUUGACAAGGACYGCACUGUCACACAUGAGCUCAACUUCUAUGUCAUGGACAAGUGUCCGUUCGACGCGGUCAUUGGCUUGGGYKGGCUAAAGGCUCAUUGCCUAAGGACCACGUGGGCGGACAAUCAGUUCGUGGUACUUGAUGCCAAGGGGAACGAGCGUACCGUCUUAUUAGAUGAGACGCGCGAGUCUCCUGUGACUCUUCUAAGUGCAAACAAAUUCUGCAGGUAUGUGGUCGUGUACCUUGAUGAUAUCCUGAUCUUCAACAAAACCAUGGAAGAGCACCUCAAGCACCUUGAGGAAGUUUUGCAGGUCCUCAAGGAGGCGCAACUGCACCUCAACUUAGAGAAAUCUGAGUUUGGGAGGGACAGCGUCAUCUAUCUUGGGCAUCGGUUGUCUGCAAACGGCCUUGAGCCGGAGGCAACCAAGGUUGAGCAAUUUGAUUGGCCAGGAAUGAAAGGAUCUGCUCAGAAAUUCAUUGCUGAAUGUCAGGUAUGCCAAAGAAUCAAGGUCCACAGGCAUAAGACUUAUGGCCUAUUGAGACCUCUCCCCAUUCCUGAUGGACCCGGUGAGUCGAUUUCCAUCGACUUCACGGACAUGGGAAAGGUGAGUGAGGCUGGGAAUUCACAAGUCAUGGUCAUUGUGGACCGCUUCUCUAAAUUUCUGAACUUGAUUCCUCUCCCUCCUCAUGCCCCGACUGAACUUGUCAUCGAGGAAUUCCAUCAGCAGUACAUUCUACAGUUCGGCGUCCCGAAAACUAUUGUGAGUGAUCGGGACACCAGAUUCAUCAGCAAAGAUUGGAAAGACUUCACGUCUCAGAUCUACGACAUCAAACUGAACCGGACUUCUGGUCGACACCCCGAAGCCAACGGAUUGGCCGAGGAGAUCAACCAGACUGUCAUCCAACUGCUACGCGCACUGAUUGUUCCAGAUCAGAACACGUGGGACAAGGAAUUACACAAAGUGAAGGGGCUGUACAACAACUCCAUUCACUCUGCAAGUGGUGUGACACCAAAUCAGCUGCAGUAUGGAUGGCCGAUGCGCAAUCCCCUCUCUUAUCUGUUCCCCGAACGGUCACCUAGUCUGAUGCCCAACAUGCCUGGCUACAAUGCCAAGUACGCACGCUUUCUCAAAGCUGUUAUUGCAGCCAUGAACAAGCGCCAGCAUGCCAUGAUCAAACAUGCUAACAAGCUGCGCAAAGAAGAAAAAUUCAAAGUUGGGGAUUAUGUUUGGGUCAAAAUGUCUGAGUUUUUUUAUGAAGAGGGCGUAUCACAGAAACUUCUUCCAUUGUACCACGGCCCUUGGCAGAUUUUGAAGGUAAUCGAGGAUGACUUUGACCCUUCAUUUGUGAUUGACGUGCCUCCUCAUCUGCGCACGUAUCCGGUCUUUCAUGCGUCCAAACUGUUCCCACACAUUGAUGAUGAGACGUUUCCCUUCCGAGAUCCUAUGAUACCUCGCCCUAUCGAUGGUGGCCAUGAGAUAGACCGAAUCGUUUCUCACGAGGGCAAAGGGAGGAACAGACAGUAUAAGGUUCACUUCCUCUACCACCCGUUGACUGAAUUCUUUUGGAUCGACCUGAAAGAGCUGCUAAAGAAUGCUCCCCGUGUUGCGGCGAAGAUGAAGAGGUUGGAGGAGGAGAUGAAGAGGGUACAACAGGAGGAGGAAGAAAGAAGGAAGGCUGCUGAAGCAGAAGCGGCAGCAGAAGAAGAGAAAGAGAGAAUGAGAAUUGAGAGUGGAGAAGGGAGCAGUGGUGGCACGAUGAAGUGGGAGACAAAUACUGACCUGGAGAAGAAGAUCAGCGAGUGGGUCGCUAAUUUAUCGUUGGGGGAAGACGAGGAGGCGGAGUCCUAUGUGACUAAGGAUGAGAAGGCUGCGCUGGCCGCUGAGCUAGCAGCCAUGACAGACCCAAUGGAACGAAGGGAGAGGGAAGACGAGCAAAAGUUAGCAUGGAAGUUGAGAAUGAAGAGGGAGAAGAAGAGGAGGAGAGAGGAAGUGAAUAAGAUGACCACAACAGUGGCAAAGGUGCAGGAGUGUAGAGCGGAGGUCUUGGAGAAGCUUAGAGAGGCUAACUUCAAGAUCAACGCGAAGAAGUGCGAGUGGGCCAAGACGCAAGUUUUGUACUUGGGCCACGUAUUAGACGGAGAUGGCAUCAAGCCAGAGGACAGCAAGAUCGCGGCGAUUAGAGAUUGGCCGACGCCCCGCACGAUGACAGAGUUGCGGUCAUUCCUAGGCAUAGCUAACUACUACAGGAAGUUCGUGAGGAACUUCUCCACUAUCGCCGCUCCCUUGCGCAGGUUGCUGAAGAAAGAGGCAAUCUGGCAAUGGGACAAAGACUGUACGUCUGCGCUCAAGAAGUUAAAGCGCGCGGUAAUAGAGUAUCCUGUCCAAGUUGCAGAUCCGUCUCUGCCAUUUGUCGUCACCACGGACGCGAGUCAGUAUGGGAUAGGCGCCGUGUUGCAGCAAGACGACGACAAUGGCUAUAGACCCGUGGAGUUCAUGUCAGCGAGGAUGCCCUGUGAGAAGGUUGCUGCCUCCACGUACGAGAGAGAACUCUACGCUCUCAGGCAGGCUUUAGAUCAUUGGAAGCACUACCUGCUUGGGAGGCACUUCAAAGUGUAUUCGGACCAUGAAACGCUUAGAUGGUUAAAGACUCAGGCCAAGAUGACACCUAAGUUGAUUAGGUGGGCCGCAGAGAUAGACCAAUUCGACUUUGAGCUCAAGCCAGUGAGGGGCAAGUACAACGUAGUUGCGGAUGCUCUCAGUAGGAGAUCAGACUACUUUGGAGCUGUAGUACACUAUCUGGAUAUAGUGAGAGACCUGCAGGAGAAAGUGAGGCAAGCAUAUGCGCAUGACCCCUUCUAUAGCGACCUCCUAAAGAGAGUUAGAGAGGCCCCAGAGACUGAACCAGAUUACCGCACUACAGACGGGUUGUUGUUUGAGAAGACUAAUGCGUUUGACCGCCUGUGCGUUCCCAACAGCGAAGAGAUUCGUAGUCUAAUUCUAGGGGAAUGUCACGAUACUGAGGGACACUUCGGUUGGCAAAAGACGUUAGCCAACUUGAUGCGUGCGUAUACUUGGCCAGGGAUGAAGAAUGACUGCAUAGAGUAUGUCCGCAGUUGUAAAGUUUGCCAGAGGAAUAAGUCUACUACACGCGCGCCCCUAGGUCUUCUCAGACCCUUGCCUAUUCCGGAUCAGCCGGGAGACUCAAUGUCCAUAGACUUCAUGGACACCCAAGUCAAGAGUAGACAUGGCCCAUCGGGAUGUCAUGUGCUGUUGCUGUUGCGCAAGUAAACGAGGUAGAUUGUGACUAUCUCUAUCCGGUGCUUGAUCUCUCUCUCUACUGCUCCCGUUGGGGUCUCUCGCACGUCGGUGAACUCCUCCAACAGUUUUUCUACCUCUGGCGGCGUUGGAUAUCUCUUCCUUUUUGCCUUCACUCACUGGUCUAACGUACGCUACGAAGACUUGGUCAACCAGAUCGGCCGUGACCAUGUGCCUUGCGAACACGGGGGCACUCAUACAACAAAGGGACAGAUGGAUGGGACUCUAAUCCAGACUCGCGAGGUAGAUUGUGACACAUCGUGAGGAGGGGGAUGUAAAUGAAUGAAAGUCGGUGAA